AUGUCUUCUAAAAGUGAAAAACUAGAAAAAUUGAGAAAGCUACAGGCUGCUCGAAAUGGUACAUCUAUCGAUGAUUAUGAAUCAGACGGUGACAGGUUAUAUGACGAAAUUGACGAAAAAGAAUACAGGGCCAGAAAACGCCAGGAAUUGCUGCAUGACGAUUUUGUUGUGGAUGACGACGGUGUAGGUUACGUCGACCGUGGUGUCGAAGAAGAUUGGAGGGAAAUUGGUAAUAGCUCAAGUGAUGAAGACGCUGGAAAUCCUACUGGCAAGGAUGCUAAAAGGAAGAAAACUGUAAAAAGGGAGAAAGACCACCAGAUUACGGAUAUGCUGCGAACUCAACAUUCCAAAUCGACGCUGCUGGCGCAUGCAAAAAAAUCCCAAAAAAAAAGUAUCCCCAUUGAUAAUUUCGAUGAUAUUCUUGGUGAGUUUGAAUCCGGUGAAGUAGAAAAGCCCAAUAUCUUAUUGCCAACCAAAUUAAGGGAAAAUCUAAAUUCUUCGCCUACUAGUGAAUUCAAAUCAUCGAUAAAGAGGGUUAACGAAAAAGAUAACUCAAAUCCUGACGCUGGUAUUUCAAAAAGAGUCAAAAUUGAUCCAGAUUCAAGUACUGAUAAAUAUUUAGAAAUUGAAUCUUCGCCGUUAAAAUUACAAAGCAGGAAACUGCGCUACGCAAACGAUGUACAGGAUUUGUUGGAUGAUGUGGAAAACUCACCCGUAGUGACCACAAAGAGACAAAAAGUGUUGGAAGAUUCAUUGCUUGCAAAUCCACCAUCCGCUCAAAGUUUGGCCGAUGAAGAUGAAGAUGAUGCUGAAGAUAGUGAUGAAGAUAUCAUACCGAAAAGAAGGACCAUGAGAAGUGUGACAACAACUAGGCGUGUUAAUAUAGACUCAAGAAGUAACCCCUCAACGUCGCCGUUUGUCACAGCACCCGGAACGCCAAUUGGUACUAAGGGACUAACUCCAAGCAAAUCUUCACAGGUCAACACUGAUGCUGCCACACUUGCUGUUAGUGUCAAGAAGGAAGAUGUAGUUGACCCCGAAACUGAUACUUUCCAAAUGUUUUGGUUGGAUUACUGUGAAGUUAAUAACACUUUGAUUUUAUUUGGCAAGGUUAAACUUAAGGAUGAUAAGUGUGUGUCAGCCAUGGUCCAAAUCAACGGUCUAUGCAGAGAGCUAUUUUUCCUUCCAAGAGAGGGUAAAACACCUGCUGAUAUACACGAGGAAAUAAUUCCAUUACUGAUGGAUAAAUACGGACUGGAUAACAUCCGCGCUAAACCUCAAAAAAUGAAAUAUUCCUUUGAGCUUCCUGACAUUCCAUCGGAAAGUGAGUAUUUGAAAGUCUUGCUUCCAUACCAGACACCGAAGUCUAGUCGAGACACCAUUCCAUCGGAUUUAUCUAGUGAUACCUUUUAUCAUGUCUUUGGUGGAAAUUCCAAUAUUUUUGAAAGUUUCGUUAUUCAGAAUAGGAUCAUGGGACCAUGUUGGUUAGAUAUAAAGGGAGCAGAUUUUAAUUCAAUUCGUAACGCUUCUCACUGUGCGGUGGAAGUUUCCGUAGAUAAGCCUCAGAGUAUCACUCCUACUGCAACAAAGACAAUGCCUGAUUUGAGAUGCCUCUCUUUAUCAAUUCAGACGUUAAUGAACCCUAAGGAAAAUAAGCAAGAAAUCGUCUCGAUAACAUUAUCGUCUUAUAGAAAUAUCUCAUUAGAUUCGCCGAUUCCUGAAAAUAUUAAACCAGAUGACUUGUGUACUUUAGUAAGGCCGCCUCAGUCAACAAGUUUCCCAUUAGGUCUAGCUGCACUGGCGAAAAAGAAGCUGCCCGGUCGAGUUAGGUUAUUCAACAACGAAAAGGCCAUGCUUUCAUGUUUCUGCGCUAUGUUGAAAGUGGAAGACCCAGAUGUUAUCAUAGGCCAUCGUUUGCAAAAUGUCUAUUUAGAUGUUUUAGCCCAUAGAAUGCAUGAUCUCAGCAUUCCAACGUUCAGCUCUAUUGGCCGUCGUUUAAGAAGAACUUGGCCUGAAAAAUUCGGUAGAGGCAAUUCGAAUAUGAACCAUUUUUUCAUUAGCGACAUCUGUUCUGGUAGGCUGAUAUGUGAUAUUGCUAACGAAAUGGGACAAUCAUUAACACCUAAAUGUCAAAGUUGGGAUCUUUCAGAGAUGUAUCAAGUGACAUGUGAAAAGGAACAUAAGGCAUUGGAUAUUGAUUAUCAAAAUCCACAAUACCAAAAUGAUGUAAAUAGUAUGACUAUGGCCUUGCAAGAAAAUAUUACGAACUGUAUGAUUUCUGCUGAAGUGUCUUAUAGAAUUCAAUUAUUGUCAUUGACCAAACAGUUGACGAAUUUGGCUGGUAAUGCGUGGGCCCAAACUUUAGGUGGCACAAGAGCUGGUAGAAAUGAGUAUAUUUUACUGCAUGAAUUUUCAAGAAAUGGCUUUAUUGUUCCUGACAAAGAAGGUAGUAGGAGUAGAGCCCAGAAACAAAGACAAAAUGACGAAAAUACAGAUGCGCCAGUAAAUUCUAAGAAGGCAAAAUAUCAAGGUGGUUUAGUUUUUGAGCCUGAGAAAGGUCUUCAUAAGAAUUACGUUUUAGUCAUGGAUUUUAAUUCUUUGUAUCCAUCUAUCAUUCAGGAAUUUAAUAUAUGUUUUACCACUGUGGAUAGAAAUAAAGAAGACAUCGAUGAGCUACCAAAUGUACCUCCUUCAGAGGUGGAUCAAGGUGUUUUACCAAGAUUAUUAGCAAAUCUGGUUGAUCGUCGUCGUGAAGUUAAGAAAGUAAUGAAAACUGAAACUGAUCCCCAUAGGCGAGUUCAAUGUGAUAUUCGUCAACAAGCUCUUAAAUUGACUGCUAAUUCUAUGUAUGGUUGUUUGGGUUAUGUUAAUAGCAGAUUUUACGCCAAGCCGCUCGCCAUGUUAGUCACUAAUAAAGGUCGUGAGAUUUUAAUGAAUACAAGACAACUAGCUGAGAGUAUGAACCUCCUUGUAGUAUAUGGUGAUACAGAUUCUGUUAUGAUAGAUACCGGUUGUGAUAAUUAUGCGGAUGCAAUUAAAAUCGGUUUGGGGUUUAAAAAGCUAGUAAAUGAGCGCUAUAGAUUACUAGAGAUUGAUAUCGAUAAUGUCUUCAAGAAGUUACUGUUACAUGCCAAGAAAAAAUAUGCUGCUUUAACUGUAAAUUUGGACAAGAAUGGUAAUGAAACUACUGUUUUAGAAGUUAAAGGGUUGGAUAUGAAGCGCCGUGAAUUUUGUCCACUUUCGAGGGACGUUUCUAUACACGUUUUAAAUACCAUUCUGUCAGACAAAGAUCCAGAAGAAGCACUACAAGAAGUGUAUGAUUACUUAGAAGACAUCCGAACUAAAGUGGAAACCAACAACAUUAGAAUUGAUAAAUAUAAAAUCAAUAUGAAGCUUUCAAAAGAUCCCAAGGCUUAUCCAGGUGGUAAAAACAUGCCUGCAGUUCAAGUAGCCCUAAGAAUGCGUAAGGCUGGCAGAGUUGUUAAAGCUGGUUCUGUCAUCACCUUCGUCAUCACAAAACAGGAUGAAAUAGACAAUGCCGAAAGCACUCCGGCUCUUUCUGUAGCCGAACGAGCCUAUGCUUUGAAUGAAGUGAUGAUUAAAAGUAACAAUUUGAAACCCGAUCCACAAUAUUAUCUCGAGAAACAAAUAUUCGCGCCGGUAGAAAGGCUGUUAGAAAGAAUUGAUAGUUUUAACGUAGUGCGUUUGAGCGAAGCGCUUGGUUUAGAUAGUAAAAAAUACUUCAGAAGAGAGGGCGGUAAUAAUAAUGGGGAAGAUAUUAAUAACUUGCAACCUUUAGAAACAACAAUUACAGAUGUUGAAAGGUUUAAAGAUACCGUAACACUAGAAUUAAGUUGCCCAUCAUGUGAUAAAAGGUUUCCAUUUGGUGGCAUCGUAUCUUCAAAUCAUUAUCGUGUGUCAUAUAAUGGUAUACAAUGCAAGCAUUGUGAGCAUUUGUUUACCCUUCUUCAGUUAACCAGUCAGAUAGAGCACUCUAUAAGGUCACACAUUUCUUUAUAUUACGCGGGAUGGUUACAAUGUGAUGACAGUACAUGCGGUAUAGUCACCAGACAACUCUCCGUUUUUGGCAAACGUUGUUUAAAUGAUGGCUGCACAGGUGUCAUAAGAUACAAAUACACUGACAAGCAAUUGUACAAUCAACUUUUAUAUUUCGAUUCUUUACUCGAUUGUGAAAAGAAUAAAAAGCAGGAAUUGAAGCCAAUAUAUCUACUCGAUGAUCUUGACUAUCCCAAAGAGCAGCUGACAGAAUCAUCUAUUAAGGCUUUAACAGAACAAAACAGAGAAUUAAUGGAGACAGGCCGUAACGUCGUCCAAAAAUACUUAAACGAUUGUGGACGUCGCUACGUUGAUAUGAGUAGCAUUUUUGAUUUCAUGCUAAACUAG